AGCUUUUGUGCAACGACGAAAAAACACUGCAUCAGCCGCCGCAUCAGGUUUUCUUUUGUCAUCGUUUUCACGCGAGAGAGAAGUGCGCAAAGCGGAAAAGUUUUGUUCUUCGUUCGAUAAAAGAAAGGUUCGCUAGUUCGUGAUUUGCAGAAAAACGUACCUAUACCUAGUAAUGGAAGCCCUGCAGAAGCAUCUCGGCCGGAUCAAGGUCCCCUGCGGGAACGACAAUGUGUACAAGGAGGAGUGCGUGUACAGUUUCGACAAUCCGGAGUCGCCGACGGGGCUGUACGUGAGUUUGAGCAGUUUCCUCGGGUUCGGGGAGGAGCACGCGCGGCGGUACGCGGAGAAGAGUGGCAAUCGGGUGUUUUUGCAUUUGAGGCGGGAGAAGAUCGAAAUUCCGGAAUCGGCACAGGAAGGUCCGGAGAAGAAGAUUACGCGGCUGGCCAUUGGAGUGGACGGCGGAUUUCCGUCGGAACAGAAGAAGUACGAGUAUAAGGAACACUACAAGGUGGUGGUCCUGCCGGAAGGGACGAGUUUUGCUUACCCGAAUCAGGACCUGCCCCUGCUGGUGCAGAAUUCGGUGGAGGCGGUUUUGAAUGCGGAGGCAGCGUCGGUCAAGCGGGAGCGAGAACAGUUGACCGGAACAUGGGACGGAGAAGUGCGGCAGGUUUCCCAGCAUGCGGAGAAUCUGCUGCAGCUGGACAAUGGGAGGAAGAUUCCACCGACCGGGUGGAAGUGCGAACGCUGUGAUCUGACCAGUAACUUGUGGUUGAAUCUGACGGAUGGAGCGAUCCUGUGCGGUCGGAAGUUCUACGAUGGAACCGGAGGGAAUGACCAUGCAUUGAACCAUUACCGAGAGACGAAUUACCCGUUGGCUGUGAAGCUGGGAACAAUCACGGCUGAAGGCAAGGGAGAUGUCUACAGCUACCAGGAGGACGAUAUGGUCGAGGAUCCCUACCUGGUCAAGCACCUGGCCCAUUGGGGGAUCAACGUGGGCCAGCUGGAGAAAACGGAGAAAUCCAUGGUCGAGUUGGAACUGGACCUGAACCAGAAGAUUGGCGAGUGGGGAAUCCUCUGCGAAAGCGCCAGCAAUUUGAAACCGAUCGCCGGUCCGGGUUUGACCGGAAUGCGGAACCUCGGAAACUCUUGCUAUCUGAACAGUGUAAUGCAAGUGGUGUUCACCAUUCCGGAUUUCGUCCGUCGGUUCGUGGAUGGAUCGAAGGAUAUUUUCGAAAACUUCCCAGCUGAUCCAGCCAAUGACUUCAACGUCCAGAUGGCCAAACUGGGAGUCGGUCUGUGCAGUGGCAAAUACAGCGUUCUGACUGAAAACAGCAUGGACACGGUGGACAGCUCCUCCGGUAUUGCUCCUACCAUGUUCAAAGCCUUGAUUGGCAAAGGCCAUCCGGAUUUUGCGACUAAGCACCAGCAAGAUGCCCAGGAGUUCUUCCUGCAUUUAAUCAACACUCUUCAGAAGCAUUCCCGGAACCAGGCGGAUCCGGCUGACGCCCUGAAGUUCAGCAUCGAAGACCGCGUCGAAUGUUGCUCCAGCGGAAAGGUCAUGUACAAUCGCCGUGACGAGUGGUGCCUUCCGCUGCAGAUCCCCCUCAAUCUGGCCACCAACAUCGCCGAAGUCAAAAAGUACGAAGAAGACUUGGCCCUCGCCGAGAAGGAAGGUCGACGUCUGGAACCGGAAGCCCUAGUCCGUCCAAAGAUCCCCCUGAGCGCCUGCCUCGAUACCUUCGCCCAGCCGGAAACCGUCGAGCAGUUCUACAGCACGGCUAUCAACGCGAAAACCACUGCCAAGAAGACCACCAAACUGGCCACCAUGCCGGACUUCCUCAUGCUCCACCUGAAGAAAUUCACCCUCCGAGAAGACUGGACAUCGGUCAAGCUGGACGUUGCCAUCGACAUCCCGGAAGUCCUAGAUCUGGAAACGCUCCGUGGAACUGGCAAACAGCCCAACGAAGAAGAGCUUCCCGAACUGGUAGGUAAGGCUCCUUCCCCACCUCCGAUGGAUCCCGCCGUUAUGGAACAGCUCAUGGCCAUGGGAUUCCCGCCGGAAGCGUGCAAGCGAGCGAUUUUCUUCACCAAGAACACCGGCGCCGAAGCGGCCACCCAGUGGAUCAUGGAGCACAUCGCCGAUGCAGACUUCGCCGCUCCGUUCGUCCCUCCGGGCACCGACACCGGAAAGUCCUCAUCAGCCGCCUUCGUUCCGGAUCCGAUGGGCCUCGAGAUGCUCAUGGGAAUGGGCUUCACCACCCUGCAGGCAACGAAGGCCCUCAAGGAGACCCAGAACAACACCGAACGGGCCGUGGAUUGGAUCUUCUCGCACACGGACGAACUGAACAGCAUCGCCAUGGGAGACGGAGGAGACGAGACUGAGGCCGCGGCCGUACCGAGCAGCUCGAGCGCUGCGCAGUACCGCGACGGACCAGGAAAGUACAAACUGGUGGCAUUUAUCUCCCACAUGGGCAGCUCGUCCCAGGUCGGUCACUACGUGUGCCACAUCCUGAAGGACGGCCAGUGGGUGAUCUUCAACGACAACAAGGUGGCCAUAUCGCAGAACCCGCCGAAGGAGCUCGGCUACCUCUACCUCUAUCAGCGAGUCUAGUAGGAGAGCGACGAGCCACGGCUGACUAGCGGCAACAGGUAUUUAGCCUCUCUUUCUUGAUUCUUUAAAUGGAUAUUUUUUCCACGCGCGCGACUGCCCGGUGGAGUAGAUUUGAAACUGUUCAGUGAAAAUAGCUGCAUUAUUAUUCGAUUUACAGCAUUAGAUUGUGGUAAUUUUAGUGCUAACUUAUUCUGUUCUCUCGAAGCACGGCAUUAAGCAAAUAAUAAAAAUGGAUCGUACUUUUGCCAUAAUGGAUUGAUGAA